AUGGAACAACAAUCUUCUACGAAGAAAGGAAAAACAUUGUUAUCUUUUUUCAGAAAGAGAGAUCAUCAUACUAGUGAAAGUACUUCAAUUGAUGAUGUGCAAAAUCGAUCUAGUGAAUUUACACCAAUUUCUUCAAGUUUAUCUCCUGAAAUUGAACUUUCUCCAUCUUCAAAUCCUGAAUGUCAAUGGUCUUCUUGUAUUGAACGGGAUCCGGGGAAAAGAAAACAAAUUUGUGAAUAUCCUAUUAAUGCACGGGAUGAGAUUAGACGGGCAUAUCUACUAGCUGGGUCAUAUCAACCAUUACUUUUGAAUUACAAGAAGACCACUUUUGGAAAUCAACGUCGGAGUUUUCAGAAAAAUUGGUUCAAUCAAUUUAGGUGGUUAGAAUAUUCACCUUCCGAAGACAAGGCAUAUUGUUUCUACUGUUUUCUAUUUCUGAAUGAUGGUCAUUCAUCAAAUAUUUCGACGUUGGCUAUUGUGGGAUUUGACAAUUGGAAGAGGAUUAACCAAGGAAAUAAAUGUGUUUUUCUUACUCAUGUUGGUUCUUCACCUUCGUCGCCCCACUUGAAUUGUGUGAUAAUGGCUAAAGAUUUAAUGAAUUCGUCUCAACAUAUUGAAAGGGUAAUUCAUUCACAAACAAAAGAAAAAUCUCAAAAAAAUCGCUUGAGCCUAAGGGCUUCAGUUAUAGCUGUCAAGUUACUAGCACUUCAAGGUUGUGCCUUUAGAGGUCACGAUGAAUCUUCAUCUUCAUUGAAUCGUGGAAAUUUUAUUCAAAUGCUUAAGACUUUUGGACAAUUGAGUAUGGAAGUUGAUAAAGUUAUAUUAGAUAAUGCUCCGAAAAAUGCUCAAUAUAUUGCUCCAAAUAUUCAGAAGGAUAUUUUGCAUAUUAUGGCUAAUAGAGUACGACAGAUGAUUCGUGAGGAUGUUGGAGAUGAACGCUUUUGUAUUUUUAUGGAUGAAGCAAAAGAUGAAUCUAAUCGAGAGCAAUUGGCCAUUAUUUUAAGGUUUGUGAAUAGUUGUGGUAUUUUGACAGUACGUUUUUUUGCAAUCAAAAGCGUUAGUAACACCACGUCCUUAAACCUAAAAAAUGAGAUUUCUGAUAUUCUUACUCGACACGACCUUCAACUUAGCAAAAUGAGAAGUCAAGAAUAUGAUGGUGCUAAUAAUAUGCGUGGUACUUGGAAUGAACUUCAAGCUUUAUUUCUUAGAGAUUAUCCAUAUGCAUAUUAUGUUCAUUGCUUUGCACAUAGGUUACAACUGGCAUUGAUUUCUGCAGCUAAGGAUGUCAGUGUUAUUUGGGAAUUCUUUUCUCAUUUGGAUAAUGUUAUCAAUAUUAUUAAUUCUUCUUCUCAGCGCAUUAGUGAGUUGCAAAAUGCUCAAAGAAAAGAAGUUGAGCAUAUGUUGAGUAUUGGAGAGCGUGAGUCUGGAAGUGGAGCCAAUCAAAUAGGUAAUUUGCAAUGUGCUGGAACAACACGUUGGAGUUCCCAUUAUGAUUCUGUAAAAAGCAUGAUAAGCAUGUAUUCUGCAACUUGCAAGGUGCUUGAAUAUCUUAAAGUUCAUUGUUCAAAAGCAAGUUCUUUGCAUGUUUUAAAUUUGUGUUCAAUUUGCUUUUAA